UGCCGCAGCACCAGCUCCCCGCGUCUUCCUGCUCUAGCCUACAAAUAGAUACGAUGCAUCGUCAUGCAAUCAAACUCAUUGAAUGAUUUAUGUGUUCUCUGUAUUUUAAUGAAGCUUUGGUAAGCAAUAGGCUAUGGUCGCUGAAUGGUCAUCGACGGCAUUUGGAAGCCGUCCCAUGAGAACCGUCCGCUCCGACUCCUCUUGCUGCUUCAGUCUCCGACGUCAGUCGCGUUACGUCACCACGUAUCCUGCAGAAGCAAACGAUAUCUUGAAUGAUGGAGGCCUGCAGACGAGGAGGAACAUAAUGUUUUCUUCGGGGAUGUCAACUUGCCCGAAAGGGUCUGGGAUGGUCUGGCAAUCGUUCCAUGCACUGCCAAUGAAGUGACACGAUGUUUUCAGCCACCCACUCCACUUUAUGAGGAAGGGGCUCUGCGUAGCCAAUCGAGGGAAUAACGGAACACAGCACACAGCUGACGGUGGGACCCGAGCUCAGCGCCGAUGGUAAACAAACGCUCGCAUGUGUUGUCGGGACUGCUGCUGCAGAGACCUGGAGAAAAAGCCUCAGCUUCGGGGAAGUAGGAUGCGAAAUGGAGAACUGAUGGCAGGUGGACGCGAGAUGAAAAACAGCACACCAAUGCUCACAAUUCAUCCGCUUGAGAAAGGAAGGAUCGCUGGUCAGACGCAUAUGAUCAUCAUCGGGGCGAUGUUUUACUGUAGUUUGAUGACGUUGUAUCAGUGUGAUGUUGUUUCGAGUGAGUGACGUUUCUAGGAUUGGUUUGUGUUUUUUUGAGACCCCGGUGCUUGUGUGGUCUUCGAUCAUCUUGUGAAGAUGUCCUUCGUGAUGGAGGAUAAUUUGGAGUCUGGGUGGGUGGCCGUUCGGCCCAAUGUGUUUGAGGAAAAGGAAAAACACAAAUUUGUUUUCAUCGUCGCGUGGAAUGAGGUGGAGGGUAAAUUCGCCAUCACAUGUCACAACAGGACGGCGCAGAGGAGAAGCUUCGGCAGGGACUCCUUCGUGGACCUCACGGGCCAGGAGGAGAAAACAAAAUGGCCCAAAAGUCCAGUUAAAGAUAAAGCUGCCAGAAGCCCUGGCAAAGGAGCGAUGGUACCCGUGGUUAAAAGCCUCCAAACUAAAUCUCCAUCAAAUUCGAGCCCGUGCAAAACCCCUCAUGCGAUCAAAGCGGUUAUGUCCCCAAUUAGUCCGGGCAGUGAUGUGUUGGAAGCGCUUAAAGAAGACUCCCUCUCCCCCCUCGUUGAGCAUUUAGAUCUGGAAGUGUUUGACAGUUUGAGCAAAGAAGACUGUAGCUGGGCCGGCCUAUUUUCCUUCCAAGAUCUGCGUACCAUUCACAUACAGUUGUGCUCCGUGAACUCUGAUCUUGAGCCCUGCCUCCCCAUCUUCCCGGAGGAGCCAGCGGGGAUGUGGGCCGUUCUGUUUGGCACGUCUGAGAUCCCCGAGGUGGAGAUGGAUGAAAUGUGUUACCGACUACACAUGUACCUGGGACAUGCCCUCGACACAUGCGGGUGGAAAAUAUUGUCCCAGGUCUUGUUUACGGAAAACGACGACCCAGACGAGUACUACGAGAGCUUGAGUGAACUGAGGCAAUCCGGCUACGAGGAAGCGGUUAACCGUGCAAGAAAACACCUAAAUGAGCUACUGGAGCAACACAGGAGCAUGGAGUGUAUGGUGGAGCUGUUGGCCGUCUACGAAGAGGAGGACCAGGCCUACGGAAACCUACUGGAGGGCUGUACACAGCUGUACCAGUACCUGCUCCAGCCCUUCAGGGACAUGAGGGAGCUGGCAAUGCUGCGCAGACAACAGAUCAAGAUUUCCAUGGAGAAUGAUUACCUUGGCCCACGGCGGGUCGAAGCUCUUAAGAAGGAGGAUUCCGAUUGGCAGAAAAAGGCUCAGGAGGCGGUACUUAACAUCCAGGAGUUCACAGUGAAAUACUUUGAGAUCACGGCCAGAGCUCAGAAGGGUGUCUAUGAGCGAAUGAGGACAGACCAGCGUAAGUUUGGGAAGGCCGCCUGGGCCGCGGCGGUGGAGCGCAUGGAGAGGGUCCGCUACUCGGUCGCCAAGGAGACGCUCCAGCUCCAGAGAGCCAGGGAGAUCUGUCUGGAGCAGAGGAAACACACGCUCAGGGAGGAGAUGCAGAGGCUGAGGAGCGGGGAGGACGCCCUGGCGCGUCUGGACCGCAUGGAGGGCCAGUAUUACGGCCUGCAGCUGCGGCUCUACGACAUCCAGGCCGAGAUCCUCCAGUGUGAGGAGCUGCUGCUCACCGCCCAGCUGGACAGCGUCCGCAGACAGAUGACCGGUGGGGGUGUGUGGGUGUGCCCUCGCGUGGGUCUGAAUCUGGAGCGGCAGGACGAGGUGGUGUACUACGACACCUUUGAGUGUCCCGAGGCCAUCGGGGAGGUGGACCCGGCGGGCCGGGAGGAGCUGAGGAGGCUGCAGACCACCGCGCGGCAGCUGGAGGCCCGGAGGGGCCGCAUCAGCACCAAGCGCUCCUACCUCAAGAACAAGAGGGAGAUCUGUGUUUCCAGCCACAGUGAGAAGCAGAGGACACGCCAAGCCAGCCAGAAGGACUCACCAUCCAAACAGCUCUCUCAGACGGAUGAUGAGGAGGAGGACGAGGACAGAAAAAACAGCCGAGUCAGUCAGGAAAGACAGACCACCCUAGACAGACUACGCACAUUCAAACAGCGGCACCCCGGUCAGGUGAUCCUGAAGUCCAUCCGGCUGCGUGGCGCCGCCCACUCCCGGCGGAGAGAGCGAGGCGGGGCGAGGGAGAAGACGACGAAGGACCACCAGUGUCUCAGCACCAGCGUCCAGACGGACCCCACCCCGGGCGCUGCCCUCACCACCCAGCCCCACGCCUCCUCCUCCUCCUCCUCCUCUCCAGCUCCCCCUCCUCCCCCGGACGUCCCCCGGCCCCUGGACCUCUCCUGCUCCCCCUGCUCCCUUCUGUCCUCCCCCACCUCCCCUGCUCCCCCCCCACCCCCACCCCCCCCACCGCCGCCUCUGCUCCAACCCAGGGACGAGCAGCCGACCCCCGGCCCGGGGGCCGGUGAGCAGGACCGGGCGGCGGGGGUCCCGGAGCGCAGCGCGUCACCGCUGGGGCCCUUCGUCCCCCGCUUCUUUGACAGCAGCCAGCUGGUGAGCGCCAGGCAGAGGCUGAGGAAGACCCCGGAGCUGGACCCCGACAGCAGGCCAGUGAGCUCCCCCAUGGACGAGGUGCUGGCGUCGCUCAAGAGGGGCUGCUUCCACCUGAGGCGGGCCGACCAGCGCGCCCUGCCCCCCCCUCAGGACGGCGCCGACGGCGCCGACGACGACGCCAACAGCAUCCUGGCCCAGAUCCGCAAGGGGGUGAAGCUGCGGCGCGUGCCCCGCCGAGAGAGGCGGGCGGACGGGGAGCUGCCGCCGUCCACCGACCCACUGACCCGGAGCAUCCACGAGGCGCUGCGCCGCAUCAAGGAGGCCUCGCCCGACUCCGAGUCCGACGACGACGACGACGGCGGGGGGUUCCCCUGCCCCGACUGGGAGAGCUAAGUCGGCCAGCGGCGGCGGGUGGCAGCCUUUAUUCCAUAAAAGAUGGCAGGCCCGGUAACGCUAAUGCUAACGGCAGCGCGGCACACCGCGACACACAGGGGCAGAGUACGGUUAUUAACCGGUUAUUAACGGUUAUUAAGGUACUUCCUUCUGGCAUACACACCCAUGCACAAGCAGGGCAGACAAGAGCCAAGGGUCGUUUUUUGACAAUUGUUGAUCAGGACUUGAGUUCUACUGUCUUGCUUAUCAAGAUAAGACACACACACACACACACACACAUGCACACACAUACACACACGUCGGGCUGCCCGGCCCGGGGUCUGUGGUUCACUACUGGCACAACCAUCGUGAGGGUGACGGAUGUUUGUGAUCCGUUCCACUAGUUUACUGUCACCUCUGAUUGAUGUAUUUAAUCCGAACCGUACUGUACCAUGAUAAUUCAGAGUUAACGUCAUUUCAGCUGCGCCCACAGAGAACUAGGCCGGCUGUUGCCCAUUCCACACUAACCUACUGACAGUGGCAGUAAUCGAUGUUAUUGUGAGUGGCGUGAUGUUGAAACACUUCCUUUUCUUUUCACUUUUACUUUCUCUAUAACGGCGAUGAAUACAUCGCCCGGGUAAAUAUUGAACGUUCAAGCUAAAGAUUAUAGCAAGGUACAGUCUGGCCAACGCAUGCUCUGGUCCCCUUCGAUCUUGUUAGCAUAUUACACAGAUACUGAAGAGGCUGUGUGGCGCAAACCCUUAUGAUUAUUACCAAUUACAACCUAUGCAUUGUUCAGCGUUCGCAAUCUGUUUCUGUCCUUUACAGACAAGUGGUGUUGAGAACCAUUCUGAGUUGUAUGCUGAUUAACUCAACUUUUAUUACCUACACCUGCUUUACAGUUGGCUUCAGCGAAAAAGGACAGGUCCCACCGAGAUUUGAACUCGGAUCGCAGGAUUCAGAGUCCUGAGUGCUAACCAUUACACCAUGGAACCCUGAUGGUGUCACUGUCUGUCCUUUACAAACCAGAGGUGUUCACAACCAAUCAGAGUUAUAUGCUGAACAUCUAAACUUUUAUUACCUACUCCUUGCUUUACACCAAAGUUCUCUCUAGCCAGGCUAAAGCGGAAAAGGUCAGGUCCCACCGAGACUUGAACUCGGAUCGCAGGAUUCAGAGUCCUGAGUGCUAACCAUUACACCAUGGAACCCCCAUGUCAUCUCCCUGAAACAAACGCACAGUUAACGGGAGUAUUUUUAGCUGGCCCGGCUCCUGUUGCUGACCCUCUCUGAGCCCCUCGGCUGCUCUGUAUCCUGUCACCCAUGUCGUCACUGUAGCGCACGAGGGGAGACAGAGAGAGAAAGCCAUGACCCCCUGCUUGCAUAAUCUCACACCAG